AUGCCGGAAUCCCAUAAAGAAGGCGAACCAAGAAUACGAAGGCGCAACAGAGCCACAUCAAUUCUGAACAAUUCGUCUUUCCAUACUUUCUAUAACUUGUUAUUGAAAGAAUUGGGGUUGAAUUACUUGAGCGAUAGUUCCAAACCAUGCACUGGCGCUAAUGGUAAAAAGAAGAAUUUGGAUGAUAACUUUGACGAGUUAUUGGGAAAUAUCUUGCAUUUCGUAAAGGUACCCAUCCAUAUAGAGAAAUUUAUGUGUUUCGGAUUGUUAUAUUGCUUGAAUGACUUUCUAAUCGCCUUUACGAUCUUACCCCUCAAGUUGUUUGUGUGUUUAAUUCAAUUGGUACUACUAGUGAGAACCCAAUUCCUACCGUCUAGUUUCCAUAAACCCAAAACAGCCUCACCAAAUGUCUUUACACAAAGGGUUAGUGUAACAAAUUUAUUUUUCAUGAUGUACAACCCAAUGAUCCAGGCAUCUUUAUUCUGGUUUUCCUUAUGGAUCUUAUCCUAUUUGGAUACCUCGAAGUUAUAUCAUGACAUCAGAAGGCAAUCUGCCAUAAAAUUAUACGUCAUGAUAGGCGUUUUGGAUGUUGUUGAUAAGUUGGUGGCAACGUUAGGAGAGGAUUUACUAAAGUUUCUUUUCAAUCUCCAGUUCUCUUUGGCUUCAACGAUAACAGAAUUUUCCAUGUCAAAGAAAAGCCUUACCAGAUUGGCAUUAGCAGGGUUCGUUUUUGUCAUUUCCUAUGGGCUAUGUUUAGUGUAUUUUAUUUGUCAUUCUACUUGCUUAAUCUAUCAAACCAUUUCUUUGAAUGUGGCUAUCAAUUCAUAUUCCAAUGCCUUAUUUACAUUACUUUUGUCUUCCCAAUUUUCGGAAAUUAAAUCAACGGUUUUCAAAAAGUUUGAUAGAGAAGGCUUAUUUCAAAAUAUUUGUUCGGAUUUAACUGAAAGAUUCCAGUUGCUUGUAUAUUUAUUUUUGAUUGGGUUGAGAAAUUUGAUCGAGAUUGAUAUCAAUGAAGGACUUAUUCCAAAUUUCUGGAAGACUAUUUCUAGUGUUUCUGGCACCACUUCAGGAAACGGCUUUAACAAUAGCAAAGGUCUCUUUAAUUUUGUUGGAGUAUUCUUGAAUCCCACUUUAAUUGUUCUUGGAUCAGAAUUGCUAGUUGAUUGGUUGAAACAUUCUUAUAUUGCCAAGUACAAUCAUUUCAGUCCAAAAAUUUACGAAAGAUUUUUAAAUGUUCUUUCGAAUGAUUUUUUGGAAAUGAACUACGAAGAUUCGAAUAAUGGGCACUGUCUGACAAUUGAAGAAAAUAUCCACCGUCAGAUUAAUUCCAAAAGGAAUUUGAGCAUUAGGGUCGGGGUUCCGAUGUUGGUAUUGAAUUUAAUAGUUAUGAAAAUGUCGUGGCCUUCAGUUAAUCACUUUUUAUUUGAAAAACUACAUCACCAGGACAUUUCUACAAACUUAGAUACCAGGACCAAGAACUUUUUCACCGCAUUUUAUUAUCCUCUCAUGGAUAAUCUAAACAUGUUGAUAAUCAUAUUUUUGAUUUUCACAAUUUUGUUCAUUGUGAAGUUGAUUUUAUCGAUGUUUUUAUUGAAAGUAUCACAUAGAAGAAGAAAGCACUUUAUAUUGCAUUGGAAAAAAUUGGAAAACCAAUUGGUUAACAAGGGUUUAGAUAAAGAUAAUGAAAAGAAAUUGAAUAGACCAUCCCAGAGAUCUCCACACAGGACAGAGUAUGAUUUGGUCUCGUCACCAUUAGCUGAUGCUGAAAAGUCAGUACCCGGUGAAAAGAUGACGAACCCAUUCACUGAUGACUUGAAAAGUCCAAUUGAUAAGUCGCUUUUUUCCAAUUUGACCACUGUUAAUGAUAUCCUCAACAAUGAUUACAAACCGGGGCAUUUAUCAACCGUGGGUCUUGGAGUGUUGGAUAAGGAUGAUAUAAAAUAUUUGUACGAUGACUAUGAUAAGCGGAAAUCGAUUGAUCAGUAUCGUGUGAAAAAUGACAUCAAGAAAAUUGUGAAGAGGAAUCAAUCAACUGAUAAUAAUAUAUCAAAUGAAGGCGGGCUAGAUAAUGUUGUUAGGUAUGAGAUGAGCUCAAAGAGAAUUUGGUAG